GCAGACAUGGCUGACGGGCCGGUUGCUCAGUUGCUUUUGCAGCGGCUGGAGGGCGGCGAUGGCGGCCUGGACAGCCUGGAGCUGGCAAGCGCGCUGGGCCUGGAGCACCAGGUCGUGGUCGGCGCCGUCAAAAGCCUGCAGACGCUGGGGGAGGUCAUUGAAGCUGAACUCCGUUGUACCCAGCGAUGGGAGCUUACACCUGAGGGCCAGGAGAUGGCCCAGAAUGGCAGCCAUGAGGCCAGAGUCUUUCACAGCCUGCCUCCUGAGGGUCUGGUGCAGAGUGAACUCAUGAAACUGCUCAGUGGGAAGGUGGGCUUCAGCAAGGCCAUGUCCAACAAGUGGAUCCGUGUAGACAAAAAUGCGCCUGGUGGGCCCCGGGUGUUCCGUGCUGUGGACAGUGUGGAGGACUUGGUGCAGGCAAAACUGCAGCUGGUACAGGAUGGGGAAGCUGAGCGUCUGAGUGAAAAGGAGAGGAAUGAACUGAAGAAAAGGAAGCUGCUGUCCGAAGUGACCCUGAAGACCUAUUGGGUGAGCAAGGGGAGCACCUUUAGCACCAGCAUCUCCAAGCAGGAGGCUGAACUCAGCGCCGAGAUGAUCUCCAGUGGCUCCUGGCGGGAUGUGAAAUUCAAAGCAUACAACUUUUCAUCAAAAGGUGUCAUACCAGAGGGGGGUCACCUUCACCCGCUGAUGAAAGUUCGCACACAGUUCCGGCAGAUCUUCUUGGAGAUGGGCUUCACAGAAAUGCCAACCGACAACUUCAUCGAGAGCUCCUUCUGGAACUUUGAUGCCCUCUUCCAGCCCCAGCAGCACCCAGCCCGAGACCAGCAUGACACCUUCUUCCUCAAGGACCCAGCACAGACCCUGGAUUUUCCCAUGGGUUAUCUGCAGCGUGUGAAGCAGACUCACUCUCAGGGUGGCUACGGCUCUCAGGGCUACAAAUAUGACUGGAAGCUGGAGGAGGCCCAGAAAAACCUUCUACGGACACACACUACAGCUGCCAGUGCCCGGGCACUCUAUCGCCUUGCCCAGCAGAAGCCCUUCUCCCCAGCCAAGUACUUCUCCAUUGACCGGGUUUUCCGUAAUGAGACGUUGGAUGCCACCCAUCUGGCUGAGUUCCACCAGAUUGAGGGUGUAGUAGCUGACUGUGGCCUCACCCUAGGCCAUCUUAUGGGCAUCCUCAAAGAGUUCUUCAUCAAACUUGGCAUUACAAAUGUGCGCUUCAAACCAGCCUACAACCCCUACACUGAGCCCAGCAUGGAGAUCUUCAGCUACCAUCAAGGUUUGAAGAAGUGGGUGGAGGUGGGGAACUCAGGAGUCUUCCGGCCAGAGAUGCUGCUGCCCAUGGGCCUGCCUGAGGAUGUGUCUGUCAUUGCCUGGGGCCUUUCCCUGGAGAGACCUACUAUGAUCAAAUAUGGCAUCAGUAAUAUCCGAGAAUUGGUGGGACACAAAGUGAACCUGCAGAUGGUGUACGACAGCCCGUUGUGCCGCCUGGACACCUAGUCCUUGCAUACUCACAAACUGGAUCUCCUUACCCCAUGUGUUCAUGUAGUGCUCGUUCAGUCUCUGCUUGGAUACCUGCAUCUGGACCUUGGGCCCUUCCGACUUCCCUGAGUAUCUGGAGCCAACCUGGGCCCCGCCUUGUACUAUCAUCUUUCACUACCCAGACACCUAAAUAUGUGGAACUUAGCAGGGCUACACCCUCCACCUGCCCAACACUCCCUUGCAUAUUUAUCUUCUGAAAAUCCAAGCCUAGACUUUCCCCCUCCUUAUCCUGGUUUACUUCCCAGGGCAUCCUUCCUCCUCAUUGUAGGGCUGGACCCCAGAGCAUGUCCACCUGAGCCAGAGUCUAUUUCAUACCUUCUCCUAAACUGACAUCCGUCCACACUUUCCAGGUCAACAACCAGACAUCUGUUCCUGAAUAAAGUAGUUCUGAUUCCUUUGCCUAGUA